AUGCCGCCAGGGCCUGUACAAAUUGUUCAUCUUGAGCCCAACAGCAAGGUAAGAUUUGCUACCUCAAUCGCUCUUUAACGUUUUUACUACCUCCUGUAAUUGUGAAGAUUUGGGGUAACACUACUACCGUGUUGCGUAUUGUCUAAAAAUAGUAACGUUACUUAGCUAUGUCCAGAAACUUUGCCCCAAUAACUUUGCUAUCUGUUUCUGUUUUUAUAGCUACUAAAACUAGCGCUAGCUAACUUAAAGCAACUCUCCAGUUUUUCCAGAUUUCUAUGAAAUGUUACCUAUAAUUAAUUACAAUAUGAGUGAAAUAGUUUUCCUUCCAAAAAAUGGUAAUUAAGUAUGUUAAAAACCAACUUUUCUGUGUUGGAAUGGUGUGGGUGUUUAACGGUUGUUACAUUUUAGUCAUGCUGAUUGGCCAACUCCAGUGUUGCCAACUCCUCAGUAAGAAAAGUAGCUAUUGGCUGUCCUAGAAGUCGCUAAACGACGUCAUCGCCUAAUUUGCAUCAUUGGCCAUGUGCAUGUAAUUGUGAUGGACGCUGUAGGAGAGAGGAGUAACAUCAUGGGAGAGACAAAGUGAGUAAAAAACACCCUACAUUUACAUCCUGCCCUGAAUGUAAACCAGGGCGGGAUCAGCUUCCCGCAUGCGCGAUUCAUUUGCAGUCUGGACGCGGAGGGGUGAACACCUCCUGCUCUGACUUCAGCUGGGAGGGACUGCUGCACGAGGACUGGGCCGCCUGUGAGUGCUUUGGGACGGGGGUGGGGCCCACGGCAGCACCUGCUGCUCGUUGAGAAGAGUAAGAACGAUACGUGCUUUCACGUCAGUCUCCAAAAGUCUCCAAUAACACCAGGAAAAGUCGCUAGAUUUGUCGCUAGUCGCUUUUUUGAAAAUGUGUCGCUAGAGGGGUCUGAACUCGCUAAAUACAGCGACAAAGUUGCUAAGUUGGCAACACUGGCCAACUCUAUUCUCUAUGAGGAAAUAGCAAGCAUGUUUUAAACGGUCUGUUUGAGAUACAAGUUUGAGGUAGGGUUUUUGAAGUGUUUUUUUCUCCAUUUUAUGCUUUGUCCACACAUGAGUAUAGGAUGAGUCAAAAACAUUAUUUGGGUGUGAGUUAAAGUGGAACUGACAGUGUUUUAACUACUUUGCAGAUAUGAAACAAACAGACAAUCAUAAUAUCAGUAAAAAAUGAUAGAAUUCCCAGUUUAUGCUACAAAACCAACUUAUAAGAGGUUUUAAAAAUAGGUUCUAUUUGACUCAACAUUCCAUGAUGUACAUUAAGGCAUUGUUGGCAGAAAAGAUGGAUGCAGUUCAUUGCAUGAUUAAUAUAAUUCACCAAUACAUUUCUUGGUAGUCCAAAAAAUAUUGCUAUCAGGUUGUAAAUCACAGCUGGCCUAGUACGUUGUUUGCUGCCUCCAUUCGGGAUACACUGUUUCAGUUUCAAUAACUCAAUAUUUUGUACAAAAACAGACGAAUGUAACUAAUGCUGGGAAUGUCAAUACAAUCAAACUACCAAGGGCAAUGAUCACAAGUCAUUCAUAACGUGGCUAAUAUGCUAGCGUAUCUAUGUAGAAAGCUAAAAACACAGAGCCUAACGUUAGCUAGAUAGCUAGCUAACUAACUGCUAGGAGGACGUCAUGUCAUUGGAGGAGUGGUGAGUGAGUGACUUUUAAAUCUCGUAUUGUUUUUCGGUGGCUACACAGCUGGAGAUUCACGUGUUAUUUGGUUAGUUAGCAAGAUGUGAAUUGCUUUGCUAGCUAGCUAUGCUGAACGACUGUUAUCCAGUUAGCAUAUCUCUUGCAUUUGCAAAUCCACUCUGGCUUGCCCCUCUACUCCGAUUUCAGAGCAAUCUUGUCUCAGUGUGCCAGAGCACAGAAUAACUGAUGAAUUUACGAUCGCGGAAGACCAGCUGAAUAUGACCUGUGUCAGUAAACUAAGGCAAUUUUUUUUAUAGUUAGUCACGAACGCUCUAUAUAACAUGUAAACAGCCUAACCAGCUCUGCUAGGGUGCGUAAAAUUAUCAUUGAGGUGUUCUCUCAUUUGCGUCUGGAAGUAGCUAGCUAGUUAGCUUGGGUGCUUGGUUGGGACAACGCAUGCAUUGUCAGGCAAGCUGCAGAAGGAUGAGCAGGCUAUUCCCCAUCGUUUAUCAGUGCAAUUUUGUCAGCCAACUAGCUGAAAAAGUUUGAGAGGGUUUAUAUAAUGUUCCUUCGUUAGAUUUUAGCUCAUCUUGCUCUGGCUAGCAUUAGUUGUUGAUCUUGUUGAUGUGCAUAUAGGGAAAGAGAGCCUACCUUUUUUAUGGUUGUUUGAUCAAUAGGACUGUAAAGUUCCCAAAUGUAAGAGGACACCCAUGGUAUUUAGCUACAUAUUUGCAGAAAUCCAUUCAAGUGUAUUUUGUGGCUUUUGCCGAAUGCGUUCUAAUGAUCUAAAGUCGCGCUGUUGCAACUGCCUGUAAACACACAGUUCAGUUCAAAGUGAAUGAUGGCAGGCCUUUUUGGCAAAUGGCUUGUUUGCAUAUAGGCCUACUGUACCUCUGAUGUAGACUCCGGUCCUGGACGAUACAGAUGUUUUUAUUAGUUUUUUUCUAUUGCAGUGUCUAUUAAUUGUCCAAGCGCACAACCACUUUCCCACUCUAUAUUGCUAUAGAAUUUUCAAAAAUGCCUUUAUUAUACAUAAUUACCAAACAUUCUACGAAUUUAUGAAAACCUGAAAAUGACCAUAUCUAAGUGCUCGCUUGUCAGGAAAUGUAAAAACGUGUCAUUCUUCCUGGGGGUGUAUAUGAACAGAUUUUAAUCAAAUGUAAUGUUGCUAAAAUGCUGUCAGUUCCACUUUAAGAGAAUAUUAACUUUUAAAAUUUAGAUUUUCACUGGACAUUUUUAUACUAGUUAAGUCAGCUGAGAGGCCUUGUCUAGAAAGUAAACAAUUCCAGCUACAUCCUAACCCCAGUGUAGAUACUUCUGUAGCUAUAUCUGAAAGUAGGGUUGGGCUAUAUAUUUUUUUUUCAAAUUUAUGGGCGAUUCACGAUAUAUAUCACAAUUUUUUUUUUAAAUGUUUUCUCUAAAUAAGCUUUGUUGCAUCGCAGUGCUAGCUGUGCCACUAGAGAUCCUGGUUCGAAUCCAGGCUCUGUCGUAGCCGGCCGCGACCGGGAGACCCAUGGGGCGGCUCACAAUUGGCCCAGCGUCGUCCAGGGUAGGGGAGGGAAUGGCCGGCAGGGAUGUAGCUCAGUUGGUAGAGCAUGGCGUUUGCAACGCCAGGGUUGUGGGUUCGAAGUCGCUCUGGAUAAGAGCGUCUGCUAAAUGACUAAAAUGUAAAUAUGUUGUACAAUUAAAGAUCAAAUACCCUGCAUUUCAAACAGUCAGCAAUAAUCUAAUGAAUUCAGGGCUUGUGAAAUUAUACCCAGGCUAAAUAUAAGCCUUCCACAACAAUAAGACCCACUAAUAAUUGUAUUAUUUUAUGAAAAUAGUUUAACCUGCCUUUUUGCAAUAAUCACUGAUCUGGUUUUCAAGUCUGUCUAUGAAAAUACCCUUUUCGUUACAAAUUAUACCAUAACCAUGCAUAAUGCACAUUACACUAACAAUGACUAACUUCUUGUGGCAGGCAUUAUAGAAAAUUAACACAGGUCUCAUAAACAAUCUCUCAAGCACAAGCCCACGUGCUAGAGGGUAGCCAGCUAAUCUUUAUAUUUCAAGUUUAGCCAACUUGGAUCUAUUUGCUAGCUAACGAGGCAGAACAGUUGAAUUGUUAUGAACACACUCUUCUGUCCGUCUCCAACUGUUUGAACAGCAUGUUAGCCUGUUCACUUUUUCAGAUGUUGAAAUCAAGUGGCAUACCUUAUUUCUCAGAAUGAGAACAAGUUGCCAAUUCCUUAUAUAAUUGUGUUUAUGCAUAUUGCACAUUUAUAAAACACAGACUAGACCGCGCGACAAACUGAGCAUUUCAUUUUCCUGAAUCAAUGUUCAUUGCCACUCCAGUGUCUGCUCUGCAUGCAAGUUGAGGAGUUGAGACAUAAAAAGGGUAUCGUUAGAAAGGUUAAGUUCUCCUUUAUUGCAGUAAAAUAAUGUCUCAAUGUGUUUCGGUGUCCAUAUGACCGAUUCUGUUGGACCAAACCUCAAAUGCAAAUAGCGAGUUGAAACCGCUUGUCAGAGAAGAAGUGAUCUCUUUGUUGUUGUGACUGGCAUUGGGAAGGGGCUUGGUGUGUGUGUGUGUGUGUGUGUGUGUGUGUGUAAACAGAGAGGAUGAGGCGAAGCGAGAGGUUUCACUUGCCAAAAUAAGUCCAAAAUAAGUCCAAUGCGUUUCUAUGGGUUAUUUUGGACCUAAGCUUGUCGCCUGCCUUCCCGCCUUUGGGGCAAUGACUCCCAUUGUUAGGGCGGAAACGUGAACAUCUCUUCAUUAUAUACAGAUAUCUGGUGUAAAUGGGAAACUGCACACAGCACAGAAGGACUGAAGGAGACGAGACCAAAAAGACAACAUGAGAACAAACAGACAAACGCUCAUAAAAAAUAAAAAUAAAAAUUAGAUUCUUGCGAUACAGGCAUUUGGAAUAUCACGAAAAACACAGAUUCAAAUUAUAUAUUGCCCAGCCUUAUCGGAAAGGUUUGGAUUGAUGAAAAAUCCACCCAGUCAUCAGAAGAUAUAGUACUAAGAGGGUAGGGUGUAUGGUAAAUUAAAUGUCAUUAAUGUAGCCUCAGACGCCUCAACGUGACGAGACUUCAAACCAGGUAAUUUCUGCAAUAUAUAUUGUUUCAACAGGCAGAUGAACCUACAGAGGAAGCCCCAGCAACGAAACCCAUAGUUGGGAUCAUCUAUCCACCUCCUGAGGUCCGAAACAUCGUUGAUAAGACUGCCAGCUUUGUUGCCAGGUUGGUUUUUCAGUCUCACUCUGUCAUGUUUUUUAUACAAUUGUAUGAAGUCUUAUGUAUGAUGUCAUAUUGCAAUGGUCAUGCAUUCUUUUCCUUCCAUUAAUUCUCAGGAAUGGACCAGAGUUCGAGGCAAGGAUCCGUCAGAAUGAGAUCAACAACCCAAAGUUCAACUUCCUGAACCCCAACGACCCCUACCAUGCUUACUACCGCCACAAGGUCAAUGAAUUCAAGGAGGGCAAGGGCCAGGAGCCAUCUGCGGCUGUGCCAAAGGUCAUGCAGCAGCAGGCCCUGCAGAACUCACAGCAGCUUCCUCAAAAGGUGUUCCUUCCUAGACAUCGGGUGGUUCCUUGUCUAUCAAUUAUAAAUCACUGAUUGUGUCAAUGGUUCACUGUAAAGUGUAAGAUGUGAUUGAUGCCUAAAAAGAGCUAUUCUAAGUUAUGGUUUCCUUUACCGGUAGUUGCAGGCCCAGGUGAUUCAUGAGACAGUGGUGCCAAAGGAGCCUCCGCCCGAGUUUGAGUUCAUUGCUGACCCUCCUUCGAUCUCGGCAUUCGACCUGGAUGUUGUCAAGCUGACCGCCCAGUUUGUUGCUCGCAACGGGCGCCAGUUCCUCACACAGCUCAUGCAGAAAGAACAGCGAAACUACCAGUUUGACUUCCUGCGACCUCAACACAGCCUCUUCAACUACUUCACCAAGCUGGUAGAGCAGUACACUAAGGUAAAACAUCUUACCAAUUAAUAUUGAUUGUGGCAUAUACAAUAUAUAUACAAAAGUACGUGGACACCCCUUCAAAUUUGUGGAUUUGGCUAUUUCAGCCACACCCGUUGCUGACAGGUGUAUGAAAUCGAGCACACAGCCAUGCAAUCUCCAUAGACAAACAUUGGCAGUAGAAUGGCCUUACUGAAGAGCUCAGUGACUUUCAACGUGGCACUGUCAUAGGCCACAGUUAAUCAGUUCGUCAAAUUUCUGCCCUGCUAGAGCUGCCCCGGUCAACUGUAAGUGAUGUUAUUGUGAAGUGGAAACUUCUAGGAGCAACAACGGCUCAGCCGUGAAGUGGUAGGCCACACAAGCUCACAGAACAGGACUGCCGAGUGCUGAAGCACGUAAAAAUCAUCAGUUCUCGGUUGUAACACUCACUACUGAGUUCCAAACUGCCUCUGGAAGCAUCGUCAGCACAAUAACUGUCGGAAGCUUCAUGAAAUGGGUUUCCAUGGCCGAGCAGCCGCACAAACCUAAGAUCACCAUGCGCAAUGCCAAGUGUCGGCUGGAGUGUUGUAAAGUUCGCCGCGGCAGUGGAAACGCGUUCUCUGGAGUGAUGAAUCACGCUUCACCAUCUGUCAGUCCGAUGGACGAAUCUGGGUUUGGCGGAUGCCAGGAGAACGCUACCUGCCCGACUGCAUAGUGCCAACAAUAAAAUUUGGUGAAGGAGGAAUAAUGGUAUGGGGCUGUUUUUCGUGGUUGGGGCUAGGCCCCUUAGUUCCAGUGAAGGGAAAUCUUAACGCUACAGCAUACAAUGAUAUUCUAGACGAUUCUGUGCCUCCAACUGUGGCAACAGUUUGGGGAAGGCACUUUCCUGUUUCUGCAUGACAAUGCCCACGUGCGCAAAGCGAGGUCCGUUCAGAAAUUGUUUGUCGAGAUCGGUGUGGAAGAACUUCACUGGCCUGCACAGAGCCCUGACCUCAACCCCAUCAAACACCUUUGAGAUGAAUUGGAAUGCCGACUGCAAGUCAGGCCUAAUUGCCCAACAUCAGUGCCCGACCUCACUAAUGCUCUUGUGGCUGAAUGGAAGCAAGUCCCCGCAGUGGAAAGCCUUCCCAGAAGAGUGGAGGGUGUUAUAGCAGCAAAGGGGGGGACCAACUCCAUAUUAAUGCCCAUGAUUUUGGAAUGAGAUGUUUGACAAGCAGGUGUCCGCAUACCUUUGGUCAUGUAGUGUAUCUUGUUGAAAUAUUAUAGCAUUUAAAUAAUUUCACUUGUUAGUAGUAGAGCAUAUCUUCAGCUGGUUGUGUUGUGAUGCUCACCUGUGUUUGUCUUGGUUCUUUUUUCCUAGAUUCUGAUCCCUCCCAAGGGACUGCUGAUAAAGCUGAAAAGAGAGGCUGAGAACCCCAGGGAGGUGCUGGACCAGGUAAGCCCCUGACGCUUCGCUGUAGGGUUCAGACCUGGGAUAACUAUAGUUUUAACUAUGCUUUGUGAAAAUAAACUUUUUUUUCGGGGGAUGAUAGUUACUAUGGAGAUGACUACAACUAUUUGAAUACAGAUCCCCAAAAAGUACUACUUUUUAAAACUAUUUUAAUACAGAUCACAGAAAGUGACAACUUUUUGAAAAUUAUUUGAAUUCAGAUCUCAGAAAGUAACUACUUUAAAAAAUAUAUUUGAAUACAAAUCUCAGGAAGUGACUACUUUUCAGAAACUAUUGGAUUGUCUGCCUUCAUUUAAUGGCAGGGCUAUAUCUGGAACUGCAUGUUGAAGAUAGAAAUGGAAUGAAUAUAGAACACAAUCUUCUAUACUAUUCCAAUCUAUCUGACAGUCAUAUUUGAUCUUAACAAUACAUUUCUAUCUGAAUAUUCUGUAAUGUCCAUUUCCCCAGGUGAACAUUAUCUAGUCAAACCAACUAUCUUUUGUACAGAUAAGUAUAAGUUGUGACGCUCAACCACUGCAUGACUCUUUCAACAUGCCACUGAAAAGGUUGAAAGCUGCAAUUAACUUUAUAAUACCUGAAAUUACUACAGAGUAAUUCAAAGCCAUUUCCAAACAUUGGAAAAAACAACUUCAAACCUCUGUGCAUCUGAGGGUAAGUGUCCUUGUUUCAAGCACACACUAUACCAUCUUUAAAGGGAUAGUUUACUCAGAAUAUAAACAAACAGGAUUUUCGACCUACCUUGGUUGUAGUUGAUUCAAGAAGGCAUGUUUUGAGACAUUUAGUGUCCUUUUGACACUUCAUAGCCAUGUUACUGUUAGCAUUCUCAGUAACACUUAACAUUACUGUUGUUGUGCCUGUGUAAUUAAACUGUACUUACAUGUGGAGCAACAUUUUAUUAGCAUGUAGUUACAUAAUACUUUGGUAAUUCCAUUUUAAUUGCAUAGCAAUGAGCUGAGAGUUUUUGUAACAAGUCAAAUUGUAUUUGUCACGUGCCAAAUACAAUGGGUGUAGACUUAAAAAAUGCUUGCUUACGAGCCAUUCCCAACGAUUCAGAGUUAAAAAGUAAUAAUAAAAAGAAUAGUAACACAAGAGAAACAAAAUACACAAGAAUGGUGCUAUAUAGAUGGAGUACCAGAUCAAUAUGCAGAGGUACGAGGUGUUUGAGGUAGAUAUGUACAUGGAGGCAGGCUAAAGCUCUCGAGUGGUCUAAGGCACUGCAUCUCAGUGCUUGAGGCGUCACUACAGACCCUGGUUCGAUUCCAGGCUGUAUCACAACUGGCCGUGAUUGGGAGUCCCGUAGGGCGGCGCACAAUUGGCCCAGCGUCGUCCGGGUUUGUAGGCCGUCAUUGUAAAUAAUAAUUUGUUCUUAACUGACUUGCCUAGUUAAAUAAAGGUUAAAAAAAAGUGACUAGGCAUCAGGAUAGAUGGUAAUAAGAGUAAAAUAAAGAACAGAGUAGCAGCAGCAUAUGAUGAAUGUAAAAGUGUGUGAAUGUGUUGUCGGUAUGCGUGUGUGUGUUAUGUGUCUGGGUGUGUAUGUAGUGAAUGUGUGUGGGUUUUGUGUGAGUAAAAAUCCUUCUUUAACCUGUGUCCUCCCCUUCAUCUACACUGAAGUGGAUUGAACAGGAGGCAUCAAUAAGGGAUCAUAGCUUUCACCUGGUCAGUCUAUGUCAUGGAAAGAGCAGCUGUUCUUAAUGUUUUGUAUACUCAGUGUAUAGUCUUGUGAGUGUGCGUAGAGUCCGUGCAAGAUAGUCUGUGUAACCAUUUAACUAUUUAGCAGUCUUAUUGCUAUUUAGCAGUCUUAUGGCUUGGGAGUAGAAGCUGCCUCGGAGCCUGUUGGUCCGAGAGCCAAUGAUCCAGUACCGUUUGCUGGACGGUAGCAGAGUGAACAGUCUAUAGCUUGGUUGGCUGGAGUCUUUGGCAAUUUUUCAGGCCUUCCUCUGAUACUGCCUGAUAUAGAGGUCCUGGAUGGCAGGGAGCUCGGCCCCAGUGAUGUACUGGGCUGUCGGCACCACCCUCUGUAGCGCUUAGCGGUCGAGGGUGGUGCAUUUACAGCCAGUCAAGAUGAGAUGCAGCCAGUCAAGAUGCUCUCGAUGGUGCAGCUGUAGAACUUUUUGCGGAUCCGAGGGCCCAUGCCAAAUCUUUUCAGCCUCCUGAGGGGGAAGAGGCUCUGUUGUGCUGGUGUGUUUGGGCCAUGUUAAGUCAUUAUUGAUGUGCACGGCAAGGAACUUGAAGCUCUUGACCCGCUCCACUACAGCCCCAUCGAUGUGGAUGGGGGCAUGCUCUUGCCUCUUUCUCCUGUAGUCCACGAUCAGCUCCUUAACCUCCUCCCUGUAGGCUGUCUCAUUGCCGUCGGUUAUCAGGCCUACCACCAUUGUGUCAUCAGCAAACUUGAUGGUGUUGGAGUUGUGUGUGGCCACGCAGUCGUGGGUGACCAGGGAGUACAGGAGGGGACUAAGCACACACCCCGAGGGGCCCCCGUGUUGCUUUUCUUUUAUUGAAUUCAACUCCGACAUUGUCCUUUUUGCCUCAGUGGAUCGACGUAAACUUUUUCUGCCCAAGUUCUCAAAAGCAUUUGGCGAUUGCUGUGUAUUUGGUGCGUGUACAGUUAGGCCCUAAAGCUUAGGCUUAUGCACUAAUGAAUGAAAUAAAAAUCUUAAUGUAGCCUAUAGAUAUGAAUUGCACAAGAACUAGGGCUGUCCCUGACAAAAAAAGUAUAAUUGUCGGCCAAGAAUCGUCUGUUCUUUAGACCAAUCGAGUGCUAAAUUUUUUACAAUGUACACUGCUCAAAAAAAUAAAGGGAACACUUAAACAACACAAUGUAACUCCAAGUCAAUCACACUUCUGUGAAAUCAAACUGUCCACUUAGGAAGCAACACUGAUUGACAAUAAAUUUCACAUGCUGUUGUUCAAAUGGAAUAGACAACAGGUGGAAAUUAUAGGCAAUUAGCAAGACACCCCCAAUAAAGGACUGGUUUUGCAGGUGGUGACCACAGACCACUUCUCAGUUCCUAUGCUUCCUGGCUGAUGUUUUGGUCACUUUUGAAUGCUGGCGGUGCUUUCACUCUAGUGGUAGCAUGAGACGGAGUCUACAACCCACACAAGUGGCUCAGGGAGUGCAGCUCAUCCAGGAUGGCACAUCAAUGCGAGCUGUGGCAAGAAGGUUUGCUGUGUCUGUCAGCGUAGUGUCGAGAGCAUGGAGGCGCUACCAGGAAACAGGCCAGUACAUCAGGAGACGUGGAGGAGGCCGUAAGAGGGCAACAACCCAGCAGCAGGACUGCUACCUCCACCUUUGUGCAAGGAGGAGCAGGAGGAGCACUGCCAGAGCCCUGCAAAAUGACCUCCAGCAGGCCACAAAUGUGCAUGUGUCUGCUCAAACGGUCAGAAACAGACUCCAUGAGGGUGGUAUGAGGGCCCGACGUCCACAGGUGGGGGUUGAGCUUACAGCCCAACACCGUGCAGGACGUUUGGCAUUUGCCAGAGAACACCAAGAUUGGCAAAUUCGCCACUGGCGCCCUGUGCUCUUCACAGAUGAAAGCAGGUUCACACUGAGCACGUGACAGACGUGACAGAAUCUGGAGACGCCGUGGAGAACGUUCUGCUGCCUGCAACAUCCUCCAGCAUGACCGGUUUGGCGGUGGGUCAGUCAUGGUGUGGGGUGGCAUUUCUUUGGGGGGCCGCACAGCCCUCCAUUUGCUCGCCAGAGGUAGCCUGACUGCCAUUAGGUACCGAGAUGAGAUCCUCAGACCCCUUGUGAGACCAUAUGCUGGUGCGGUUGGCCCUGGGUUCCUCCUAAUGCAAGACAAUGCUAGACCUCAUGUGGCUGGAAUGUGUCAGCAGUUCCUGCAAGAGGAAGGCAUUGAUGCUAUGGACUGGCCCGCCCGUUCCCCAGACCUGAAUCCAAUUGAGCACAUCUGGGACAUCAUGUCUCGCUCCAUCCACCAACGCCACGUUGCACCACAGACUGUCCAGGAGUUGGCGGAUGCUUUAGUCCAGGUCUGGGAGGAGAUCCCUCAGGAGACCAUCCGCCACCUCAUCAGGAGCAUGCCCAGGCGUUGUAGGGAGGUCAUACAGGCACGUGGAGGCCACACACACUACUGAGCCUCAUUUUGACUUGUUUUAAGGACAUUACAUCAAAGUUGGAUCAGCCUGUAGUGUGGUUUUCCACUUUAAUUUUGAGGGUGACUCCAAAUCCAGACCUCCAUGGGUUGAUAAAUUUGAUUUCCAUUGAUAAUUUUUGUGAUUUUGUUGUCAGCACAUUCAACUAUGUAGAGAAAAAAAGUAUUUAAUAAGAUUAUUUCAUUCAUUCAGAUCUAGGAUGUGUUAUUUUAGUGUUCCCUUUAUUUUGUUGAGCAGUGUAUUUUUCCAUUUAUAGACAUCUAUUUUAAUAAAAUCAACUAUAUGCAUUGAGCUUGUCUGAUGCUUUAAGCAUAUGGUUUGAUGCCUCAAGAGGGCACCAGAGAUCUAGAUAACCAGAAGAAAGAAAAAAAUUACCUGACCCAAAUAUUCUCCUCCCACUCCUACUGGCUUUUUUGCAGAUUCUGCCAUUACUCUGCUGAAGUUGCCGGUAAUAGGCUACACGAGGCGUCGGCAAAUUUUCUCAUGUGGAAAGACAAUUUAUCUUACAAUUUCUACCAAUCUUCGUGCCGGUUAUGUUUUUCAUUUGCACAUUUUCGUGAAACUGUUUCAUUUAAUUUAUAAUAACGUCUUCAUAUCUCAAAAUCAUUGUCAUGUGGUUAAUCGAAAUUCUAUCCAAAUCUAAAUGAAAAUGAUACAAACCUAACAAAUGACUUAUAUUGCCAACUAUGUAAAAAUAGCCUACAAAAAGCCAACAAAUAAAUACAUUGCAGCCUGCAGGUAGAAAAUAUCCUGAUUUAAAAAUAAAUAUCCUAUAAAUCACAUUGGCUACACAUGGCCUGUCUGCAACGAACUUGAAACAUAGUUGAUACAAACUUGGGUCUGAUAUUCUGGGCCCUCAGUUUCCUGUGCCAGUGAGGAUAGACACAGCUGUAGGCUAUUUGCACAAGGGAUAAGAAGCAGUGCUUGACUUGGGUAGGAGCUUACCGGAGCUGAGUACCGGCACCUCACAUUUUCUACUGCUUGAGCUCCUGUUCCUCUUAUAGAAUAUUAGCUCAAAGGUAUUGUGGAGCUCCUACACCUAAAUAUAAACAGUACCAGCACACAAAAUGAGUACCGGAGUCAAGCACUGAUAAGAAGCCUAUUUUAUGACGUUUCCACUGGAUCAGAGCAUUACAUUUUCAAAUAUUUUUCAAAUACAUUGAACUAUUGGAAUUCUAAAUGGAUGUAAAAACAGACUUUGUUUGCUUGCUGUUUGAGGUGAAGAAAACAUGACUUUGAGAAGCUCCACAGGUCAUUAGUGGUGGUGCGUUAAGCCAAUCAGAAAUACUAUCAGAUUUAUAUGCCUACAUUUGCGCGCAGGCCAGGUAGCCUAUAGGCCUACUUCUAUGCGUUUGCGUCCUUACUCAACAUUAACAGGAGCGCUCCAAACAAAAGACAAUGACUAAAUUGACAGAACUCGUAAAUGGAAUUAAAUAAACCAAAACGUAUUUUUCACAAGUGUAGCAUAGGUUGUGCACUCUGCAAACAAUGUGUCCACUCCGACAAUGAGAACAGGAAGACUGUUAAUAUUGAAUGCAUUAAAAGAAAUUACCAUAACCAAAGUAACAAACAUUGUAGCUUGGAAAUUAUAGGAAUUAACGGUAAACGUACUACUGGUGAAUAUAUGUCAUGGGGAAUUGAUAUACACUAACAAUCAAACGCAAACAAUUCACACAAUGAAGUUAUGAGACAAUGAAUGUGCACAAAUUGGCAUGAGAGCACGCAUUCUGGAGAGAGAAGUGCAUUGUGCAUCUGGGUGCAUGGUCAAUCCAACGUCUGCAUUGGCCAUGCAGCAUUCACGGUGAUAUGGCCUCAGCAGAAGUUAGGGCAAGAAUGGCCUCAGCAGAAGUCAAGGUAUUCAUACUUCUUGCGCUUCGCGGAGCAGUGCAGAGCUGUUGUCAAGGAAGUGAGUUUGUGUUUAUACAAGAGGUACCGCCCCCACCUACCGUCAACCAAUCAUGUCAAUGUGGCGCUAUACAGAGACCGCAUUGUUAAAACAUUUGGGAGGCGCAUGGCAAUGCGGUACAGAGCUCCAUUUGGCCUCUGUUUGGCUCCGCAAUUGCGUCACACCCUCCACAUGGAGCCUCCGACCACAUUUUCUUUAAGUCUAGGCCUCCACAAUGGAUUAGGUCACUGAGAUGAGCGCAUAUAUAUAUAUAUAUAUAUAUAUAUAUAUAUAUAUAUAUAUUACACACACCAUAUAUAUAUAUAUAUAUAUAUAUACACACACACACAUAUAUAGUUUAAGUCAGAAGUUUACAUACACUUAGGUUGGAGUCAUUAAAACUUGUUUUUCAACCACUCCACAAAUAUCUUGUUAACAAAGUAUAGUUUUGGCAAGUUGGUUAGGACAUCUACUUUGUGCUUGACACAUGUUAUUUUUCCAACAAUUGUUUACAGACAGAUUAGUUCACUUAUAAUUCACUGUAUCACAAUUCCAGUGGGUCAGAAGUUUACAUACACUAAGUUUACUGUGCCUUUAAACAGCGUGGAAAAUUCCAGAAAAUGAUGUCAUGGCUUUAGAAGCUUCUGAUAGGCUAAUUGACAUCAUUUGAGUCAAUUGGAGGUGUACCUGUGGAUGUAUUUCAAGGCCUACCUUCAAACUCAGUGCCUCUUUGCUUGACAUAAUGGGAAAUCAAAAGAAAGCCACGACCUCAGAAAAAAAAUGGUAGACCUCCACAAGUCCUGUUCAUCCUUGGGAGCAAUUUCCAAACGCCUGAAGGUACCACGUUCAUCUGUACAAACAAUAGUAAGCAAGUAUAAACACUAUGGGACCACGCAGCCGUCACACCGCUCAGGAAGGAGACGCGUUCUGUCUCCUAGAGAUGAACGUACUUUGGUGCGAAAAGUGCAAAUCAAUCCCAGAACAACAGCAAAGGACCUUGUGAAGAUGCUGGAGGAAACAGGUACAAAAGUAUCUAUAUCCACAGUAAAACGAGUCCUUUAUCGAUAUAACCUGAAAGGCCGCUGUUUGGCCAUAAUGACCAUCGUUAUGUUUGGAGGAAAAAGGGGUUGCUUGCAAGCCGAAGAACACUAUCCCAACUGUGAAGCAUGGGAGUGGCAGCAUCAUGCUGUGGGGGUGCUUUGCUGCAGGAGGGAAUGGUGCACUUCACAAAAUAGAUGGCAUCAUGAGGAAGGAAAAUUAUGUGGAUAUGUUGAAGCAACAUCUCAAGACAUCAGUCAGGAAGUUAAAGCUUGGUUGCAAAUGGGUAUUCCAAAUGGACAAUGACCCCAAGCAUACUUCCAAAGUUGUGGCAAAAUGGCUUAAGGACAAUAAAGUCAAGGUAUUGGAGUGGCCGAACCAAAGCUGAAAUAAAUCAGUCUCUCUACUAUUAUUCUGACAUUUCGCAUUCUUAAAAUAAAGUGGUGAUCCAAACUGACCUAAAACAGGGAAUUUUUACUAUGAUUAAAUGUCAGGAAUUGUGAAAAACUGAGUUUAAAUGUAUUUGGCUAAGGUGUAUGUAAACUUCCGACUUCAACUAUGUAUAUACAGUGGUGUGAAAAAGUGUUUGCCCCCUUCCUGAUUUCUUAUUUGUUUGCAUGUUUGUCACACUUAAAUGUUUCAGAUCAUCAAACAAAUUUAAAUAUUAGUCAAAGAUAACACAAGUAAACACAAAAUGCAGUUUUGAAAUGAAGGUUGUUAUUAUUAAGGGAAAACAAAAUCCAAACCCACAUGGUCCUGUGUGAAAAGGUGUUUGCCCCCCCGUUAUAACACAACUCAACUGUGGUUUAUCACACCUGAGUUCAAUUCCUAUAUAUAUAUUAUAUAUACACUAACAGUCACAAGUUUGGACACCUACUCAUUCAAGGGUUUUUCUUUAUUUUUACUAUUUCUUACAUUGUAGAAUAAUAGUGAAGACAUCAAAACCAUGAAAUAGCACAUAUGGAAUCAUGUAGUAACCAAAAAAGUGUUAAACGAAUCAAACUAUUUUUUAUAUUUGAGAUUCUUCAAAUAGCCACCCUUUGCCUUGAUGACAGCUUUUCACACGCUUGGCAUUCUCACAACCAGCUUCAUGAGGUAGUCACCUGGAAUGCUUUUCAAUUAACAGGUGUGCCUUCUUAAAAGUUAAUUUGUGGAAUUUCUUUCCUUCUUAAUGCAUUUGAGAUAAUCAGUUGUGUUGUGACAAGGUGUGUGUGUGGGGGGGGGGGGUAUACAGAAGAUAGCCCUAUUUGGUAAAAUACCAUGUCCAUAUUUUGGCAAGAACAGCUCAUAUAAGCAAAGAGAAACUACAGACAUGAAGGUCAGUCAAUACGGAACAUUUCAAGAACUUUGAAAGUUUCUUCAAGUGCAGUCGCAAAAACCAUCAAGCGCUAAGAUAAAACUGGCUCUCAUGAGGACCGCCAUAGGAAUGGAAGACCCAGAGUUACCUCUGCUGCAGAGGAUAAGUUCAUUAGUUACCAGCCUCAGAAAUUGCAGCCCAAAUAAAUGUUUCACAGAGUUCAAUUAACAGACAUCUAAACAUCAACUGUUCAGAGGAGACUGUGUGAAUCAGGCCUUCAUGGUCAAAUUGCUGCAAAGAAACCACUACUAAAGGACACCAAUAAGAAGAGACCUGCUUGUGCCAAGAAACACAAGCAAUGGACAUUAGACCUGUGGAAAUGUGUAGGGAUGCAUGAUAUAUCGGUAAGCAUAUCGGAAUCGGCCGAUAUUAGCUAAAAAUGCCAACAUCGGCAUUGGCUCUAUGUAUAGUUUAACGCCGAUGUGCAAAACCGAUGUCAAAGCUGACAUGCAUACCUGUAUAAUGUAGGUAGAUGACGUAAUGACGCCACGGAAAAUACAGCGCAACACAGCACUCCUAACCUAGCCCACAAUGUCUGCUGUGUGAAGUUUCAAAGGAAGAUAAUAAAAAGGCCAUAUGCAACGUUUGCACAGCUAUUAUUUCCCAAGGAGGGGAGAAAGUGAAAUCUUUCAAUACCAGAAACCUAAUUACUCAUUUGAAAGUGCAUCACCCCCAGACGUUCAGCGACUACUUACAACAAAAGCAGAAAAGCUCACACUUCCAACAACUAAACAAGUUCAAGUCGAGCAAUCAUUUGAAAGAGUAAGAACAUUUCGGCGAGACAACUCAAAGGCGAAAUCCAUUAACGCCAAGAUAAUGGUAUUCAUUGCCCUUGACAUUCUACCGUUCUCUGUCGUGGAUGAUGUUGGCUUUCGCCGACUGGUCGAGCACUGGUACACACUACCAAGUAGGCAGUAUUUUUCAGAUGUUUCCCUACCGGAGUUACACAGUAUUGUUGAAACGUACAUCCAUGAGCUACUUGCUAUGGGCGUCACUGCUAUUAGCUUCACGACUGACAUUUGGACCAGCGACGUCAGCCCCAUGAGCAUGCUGAGUCUGACACAGUGUUGCCAACUUAGUGACUUUGUCGCUGUAUUUAGCGAGUUUUCAGACCCCUCUAGCGACACAUUUUCAAAAAAGCGACUAGUGACAAAUCUAGCGAAUUUUUCUUGUGUUAUUGGAGACUUUUGGAGACUGACGUGAAAGCACGUAUCGUUCUUACUCUUCUCAACGAGCAGCGGGUGCUUUGUUACCCCCGUCCCAAAGCACUCACAAGCGGCCCAGUCCUCGCGCAGCAGUCCCUCCCAGCUGCGGUCAGAGCAGGAGAUGUUCACCCCUCCGCGUCCGGACGGCAAAUGAAUCGCGCAUGCGGGAAGCCGCCGCUGGCUGAUCCCGCCCUGGCUUACAGUCAGGGCGGGAUGUAAAUGUAGGGUGUUUUUUACUCACUUUUUGUCUCUCCCACGACGUUAUUCCUCAGCUUCCAUCACAAUCUUCAUUACCGCCACCUACUAGACUGGAGUACAACUCCCUUUUUUAUUUUGCUUGAAAAAUAAAAUAAAGAAAUACCCUACCAUCUAACACUACACUCACAAAUUCAAAAUUAUUAAUAAUAAUUAACACCACCCCACUCCACUAUUUAAAUAUCUUAAUUCCUACCUCAUGCCCUCAACCUGAGAUGAUGGGACAUCACCACUUAACACUACCUGUAACUCUUCUGAUGUCAAGUCUCGCACACCCAAAUACCUCUCUGCAGCUGCCACCACAACCUCAAUUUUCUUAGACUUACGUUCCAUCCCUGCAGUACAAUUAAUAACCAUUGCUAUAAAUGCUAAAAAUCCAAUCUUACUGAAACAUAUCACUUGUUGGCCUAUCCCUCCGCAUUGGUACAUCUCUACUACUCUCACCACUCCUCCCCCUUGACCCAUCUUCCUCUACUUUCUUCACUGCCUCACCAUAUGACAACUUCUUCACUACUCUUACCCUGGAAAACCUCAACCUGCCUCUCUCGCACAGGACAUUUCUGAUCCCCAGCCCCAUGGGCACCCCUACAAUUAGCACAUACCACUACUUUCCCCAAUGCUACACAUUCCUUUGUCUCAUGCCUUUCUGCACACUUCUCACACCUUGGAACCUCCCUCCUACACACUGCUGCCACAUGCCCAUAAGUUUGACACCUGUAACAUCGUAAUGUAUUCGCGCACAUAAGCUCGUACAGGAUAACUUAAAUACCCUAACUUCACUUUAUCAGGCAAAGACUCAACUUCAAAACUCAAAAGAAAAGACAAUGACUCCUCUGUUUCCCCACUCUCGCCCCCCUGUUUGUGUCGCACCAAAUGACAGUUGGUCAACUUUUACAUUUAAUCACUCUACAUUUAAUCACUCCUUUCCAUGUUGCCCUUUUCUUGAGAGCGAAACAAUUCACCAUUCUUUCCCCCAUUUGUCUAAAUCUGAGCGCAUUCUUCCUCUGACCAACAGAAACACAAACAAUUAUCACUAGACCACUUACAUUUUACAUUUUAGUCAUUUAGCAGAUGCUCUUAUCCAGAGCGACUUACAGUUAGUGAGUGCAUACAUUUUCAUACUGGCCCCCUGUGACUUCUGGUUACCCUCACCGAUUCCACCUCACCCAACGCUCUUUUCACCCAUCUUGAAACCACAAAUGGAUCAGCCAAAAGGCAAGGCUCCACUUUUUCCAAAACCUUCACUCCUAUUGUCACAGACUCAUCUUCAUCCUGACCCUCUGUGCAAUCCUCGGGCUCCGAGUACUUCACCACACCUUCCACCUCUGAUACUUCACCCUCAUUCACUUCCAUUUCUCCUCCUGUCUUCAGCUCACUUUGCUUACAUUUCCUACCAUUCUUCUUUAACAAACCUUCUCCUUUUUUUACGCCAUUUUUAAGACUCAAGCUCAGUCUUCCUCCCUCUCUCUCUUAGACCUCCUCUGCCUCUCUUUUUCCCUCCAUUCCUCCUCCGUCAUCCAAGUAUACGUUUCCUUAUGAUAAUACUGCACUUCUGCUGACAUACAUCUGCUUCUUGCUUUCUCAAGGGACUCCAUUUACCUUCCUACUCUCCCUUUCUACACUUAUUCAUAGCGCUUUCGAUAAAAUAUGAGCAAUAAACUUCGGUCCUUCUUCGCUACCUGGGCGUCCUUUACUCGAGCUCUCCGCACCAAACUCACACCUCUUCUUCUUCUUCUGUGGGUUUUAUGGUGGACUACAACCCCAAAAGGUGUAUUGCCGCCACCCGUCCAUCACAAUUACAUGCACAUGGCCAAUUAUGCAAAUUAGGUGAUGACGUCAUUUAGCGACUUUUAGGACAGCCAAUAGCUACUUUCCUUACUGAGGUGUUGGCAACACUGGACAGCACCGUUGGUCGACGAGGAUUUCGUACUGAGGAAAGCCGUAUUGCAUGCUCAAGAAUGUGCUGGUUCUCAUACCGCUGCUGCCAUUUAAAUGGCAUUUGAGUACAUGUUUGAAACUUGGAAAAUCCCCAAGAACAAAGUACACGCUGUGCUACGUGAUAAUGCACAUAACAUGACAAAGGCUUUGGAAGAAUGCCAGUUUGCCAUGCAUGGCACACACGCCAGUGGCAACAGGUAGGAAGAUAGUGGGUCAUUUUAAACACUCACAGCUAGCAUACAGCCGCCUGCAAGCAAUACAGGAACAGUACUUUUUACAUGAUAGCGAGCCUGCUGGAACAGAAACGAGUGCUUGGCGUGAAUGCAGCCGACUAUGAGUUACCUGCAACAAUCAGUACAAACCAGUGGACUCUCAUUGAAAACAUGAACACACUCCUAGCUCCAUUUGAACAACUGACUCGAGAAAUAAGCUAAUCAACUGCGUCUGCAGCAGACGUGAUACCCUCUGUCAUGGCAUUGAAACGCCUGCUCAACAAAACUGCAGACACAGACCGUGGGGUUAAAACUUGCAAAAGUACUCUACUAGAUGCUGUGAACAAGCGAUUCGGUGGCAUUCUCUCUGAGCCUCUAUACUGUGUCGCCACCAUGCUCGAUGCUAGGUACAACAACCGCUACUUCGAUGCAGACAAGAAACAGUGUUUACGUGAAAUGAUAGACACAGCUGGACAAGAUGGAAACGGACACAGUGACAGUGCGCACCAAGGAAGAGGACCAACGACAGAAGAGGCCACUGACAGACAGAGCUGAAACUUCACUGCUUGACAUGUAUGAUGAAAUAGUUCCCACAUAUGCUUAGCAGUUGUUGGCUGCUUUUCCUUCACUCUGCCAUCCGACUCAUCCCAAACCAUCUCAAUUGGGUUGAGUUCGGGGGAUUGUGGAGGCCAGGUCAUCUGAUGCAGCACUCCAUCACUCUCCUUCUUGGUAAAAUAGCCCUUACACAGCCUGGAGGUGUGUUGGGUCAUUGUCCUGUUGAAAAACAAAUGAUAGUCCCACUAAGCCCAAACCAGAUGGGAUGGUGUAUCGCUGCAGAAUGCUGUGGUAGCCAUGCUGGUGAAUUCUAAAUAAAUCACAUACAGUGUCACCAGCAAAACACCCCCACACCAUAACACCACCUCCUCCAUGCUUUACGGUGGGAAAUACACAUGUGGAGAUCAUCAAAGACACGGCGGUUGGAACCAAAAAUCUCCAAUUUGGACUCCAGACCAAAGGACACAUUUCCACCGGUCUAAUGUCCAUUGCUUGUGUUUCUUGGCCCAAGCAGGUCUCAUCUUCUUAUUGGUGUCCUUUAGUAAUGGUUUCUUUGCAGCAAUUCGACCCCAAGGCCUGAUUCACACAGUCCCCUCUGAACAGUUGAUGUUGAGAUGUCUGUGACUUGAACUCUGUGAAGCAUUUACUUUGGCUGCAAUUUCUGAGGCUGGUAACUCUAAUGAACGUAUCCUCUGCAGCAGAGUUAACUCUGGGUCUUCCAUUCUUGUGGCGGUCCUCAUGAGAGCCCGUUUCAUCAUAGCGCUUGAUGGUUUUUGCGACUGAAUUUGAAGAAACUUUCAAAGUUCUUGAAAUGUUCUGUAUUGACUGACCUUCAUGUCUUAAAGUAAUGAUGGACUGUUGUUUUUCUUUGCUUAUUUGAGCUGUUCUUGCCAUAAUAUGGACUUGGUCUUUUUUCAAAUAGGGCUGUCUUCUGUAUACCCACCCCUACCUUGUCACAACACAACUGAUUGGCCAAAAGGCAUUAAGAAGGAAAUAAAUUCCACAAAUUAACUUGUUCCACAAAUUAACAGCACACCUGUUAAUUGAAAUGCAUUCCAGGUGACUACCUCAUGAAGCUGGUUGAGAGAAUGCCAAGCGUGUGCAAAGCUGUCAUCAAGGCAAACGGUGGCUAUUUAAAGUAUAUUUUGAUUUGUUUAACACUUUCUUGGUUACGACAUGAUUCCAUAUGUGUUAUUUCAUAGUUGUGAUGUCUUCACUAUUAUUCUACAAUGUAGAAAAUAGUAAAAAAUUAAGAAAACCCAUUGAAUGAGUAGGUGUGCCCAAACUUUUGACUGGUAGUGUAUAUUCUUUGUUUUCAAAUAACUUGCAUAUAUUCAAAUACCUUAAAAUGAGAGGUAUUCAAAAUACUUUCAAAUAUUAUUUGUUUUUCGGAGACCUGUAUUUGAUUAUCAAAGAAAAUAGUUGCCUUUUAGUUAUACAAACUAUAUUCGACUUCCUUGAGUAUUUGUAAAGUUGGUAUUUUCAAAUAAACUACAAAAUACAACUAUUUUCUGCCCAGGUCUGGUAGGGUUUACCCACCAUUAGCUCAUAAAAUGGUAAUUGUCUUCACAACUUAUCUUCUGGCUUUAUCAACAGGUGAGGUACCGCGUUGAGUGGGCGAAGUUCCAGGAACGUGAAAGGAAGAAGGAGGAGGAGGAGCGGGAGAAAGAGCGUGUGUCCUACGCUCAAAUUGACUGGCAUGACUUUGUAGUGGUGGAGACCGUGGACUUCCAGCCUAAUGAGCAAGGUAGGGAAAUUAACUGAAUAGAUAUGUUCUGUUCCUGAGAGAAUGUUAUCCACCCCCUGUGUCACUAGCUUUGUAAUGAUGGUGUUAUGACUUCCAACAGGCCACUUUCCCCCACCCACCACACCUGAGGAGCUGGGAGCUCGCAUCCUGACCCAGGAGCGUUAUGACAAGUUUGGAGAGAGCGAGGAGGUGGAGAUGGAGGUUGAAAGUGAGGAUGAGGAGGACGAUGAGCGGGAGGAGCGGGAUGAUGGGCGUCCCACACAGCCUGAUCAGGACACACAGCUGCAAGACAUGGAUGAGGUUAGCAAACACAGACCUGUUUUAGUAGACACAAAUAACAGUAGGAUGUCAUUAACAGCUUAUUACUUCUUCAGAGUUACUGAUUGAAUUUGAAUGUAAUAUUACUAUUAUUAGGAAAUAGUGUAAUCAAUGUAGAGUCUUUAAUGCCUUCUCCCCAGGGUUCUGAUGACGAGGAUGAUGGCAAGGCACCAUUGCCCCCAGACAACCCCAUGCCACCCCCACUGCCCCCUACUCCAGACCAGGUCAUUAUCCGCAAGGACUACGACCCCAAAGGUGAGAGGGAUUCCAUCAUCAGGACCUAAACAUCUAGAUUCAUAUAAUGUAUGACAUAAAGGACUGGAAAAUACAUGCCUGUUCUUAAUUUGCCCUUACAUUUUAUUGCUUAUUCUUUCCCUAUAGCCUCCAAGCCCCAGCCUCCAGCCAAGACUCUGGAUGAGUACCUCAUCUCUCCCAUCACGGGUGAGAGGAUCCAAGCCAGUAAGAUGCAGGAGCACAUGCGCAUUGGACUGCUGGAUCCCCGCUGGCUGGAGCAGAGGGACCGCGGCAUCAGAGAGAGGCAAAUCGAGGACGAGGUUUACGCCCCUGGCAUGGACAUUGAGAGCAGCCUAAAACAGCUGGCUGAGAGGCGUACUGAUAUCUUUGGUGUGGAGGAGACAGCCAUCGGUAAGAAGAUUGGAGAAGAGGAGAUCCAGAAGCCUGAGGAGAAGGUGAGUGCAAGUGGAGAGAGGGAAAUAGCCAUGUGGUUUAUGAGUGAAAUAAAUGUCUAAGAGGAAUCGAUUACGAGUCAUUAGGGUAUAAUCUCUGUUUAGCUUCAAUCUUGUUUAUUCUCGUUGUCAUUAUGAGGUCAAAGUCUUUACUUAAUGCACCUUCCCGCCUUAGGUGACCUGGGAUGGGCACUCUGGCAGCAUGGCGCGUACUCAGCAGGCAGCACAGGCCAACAUCACCCUACAAGAGCAGAUUGAGGCCAUUCACAAGGCCAAGGGACUGGUGCAGGAGGAUGAGAGCAAAGAGAAGAUUGGACCGAGCAAGCCUGAGCUUUACCAUCAUCAUCAUCAAUCACCCCUUAUCUCCUCUGCCCCCCUUCUGCCCAAACCCAACCUUCCAAUGAACACGAUUGCUCGGGCCCCUCCUUCUGUAAGUUGCUUUCUUGUUCAAUAGAAGUGCUAAAACAUUCAUUUUUUGUAACGUUAUGUCAAUAUAUAAGGUUGACUGUCUAUUUUCCCCUGUGAAUCAUGCAGAUGCUGCCCCCUGUACGCACCACUCUCCUGUCAGCUGUGCCUGUGAUUCCACGGCCCCCCAUGGCCCCUGUGCCGAUGCGCCUAGCCCCAGGGCAGGUUCUAACACCCAUGCCCCCCAUGAUGCAUGCUCCCCGCAUCAACGUGGUGCCCAUGCCCCAACCACCUCACAUGAUGGCCCCCAGACCACCACCCAUGGUGGUCCCAACUGGUAAGCGAACCAUUGCUACACUAUUCCCACAGUGUUAAAUACUUUGAAAUCCAAUGGAUGACUUCAGAAAUAUGCAUUGCUACCAAUUACUUUCAUGAUUAUUUACCAUUUUAAUUCAGGUUGUCUUUUAAGCAUGUUAUUUAUUGACUGAUUUUAUUCUUCCCUGUCCAGCAUUUGUCCCUGCCCCUCCCGUCCCGCAGCCCCCCCGCCCCCGCCCUGACCCGCAGCCACCUUCCCAGCCACCCCCACCCCAUAAUGAUGAGCCUGCCAGCAAGAAGAUGAAGACAGAGGACAACCUUAUGCCAGAGGAGGAGUUCCUCCGCAGAUACAAGGUUUGUUGGCCAAUUAAAUGUCAAGGACUACUUGCAAAAUGCAGUAGUGUGAAUGAUCCACGGCUGGAUUUAGAUACAAUGCAUUCGGAAAGUAUUCAGACCCCUUGACUCUUUCCACAUUUUGUUAUGUUACAGCCUUAUUCUAAAAUUGAUUUUUUUUUAAAUAGUAAUUCUCAUCAAUCUACAAUGACAAAGCGAAAACUGGUUUUUAUAAUUUUUGGCAAAUUUAUUAAAAAUACAAAACAGAAAUACCUUAUUUACAUAAGUAUUCAGACCCUUUGCUAUGAGACUUGAAAUUGAGCUCAGGUGCAUCCUAUUUCCAUUGAUACUUCUUGAGAUGUUUCUACAACUUGAUUGUAGUCCACCUAUGGUAAAUUAAAUUGAUUGGACAUGAUUUGGAAAGGCACACACCUGUCUAUAUAAGGUCCCACAGUUGACAGUGCAUGUCAGAGAAAAAACAAGCCAUGAGGUCGAAGGAAUUGUCCGUAGAGUUCCGAGACAGGAUUGUGUCGAGGCACAGAUCUGGGGAGGGUACCAAAAAAUAUCUGCCGCAUUGAAGGUCCCCAAGAACAGUGGCCUCCAUCAUUCUUAAAUGGAAGAAGUUUGGAACCACCAAGACUCUUCCUAGAGCUGGCCACCCGGCCAACCUGAGCAAUCGGGGGAGAAGGUCCUUGGUCAGGGAGGUGACCAAGAAACCGAUGGUCACUCUGACAGAGCUCCAGUUCCUCUGUGGAGAUGGGAGAAUGUUCCAGAAGGACAACCAUCUCUGCAGCACUCCACCAAUCAGGCCUUUAUGGUAGAGUGGCCAGACGGAAGCCACUCCUCAGUAAAAGGCACAUGACAGGCCACUUGGAGUUUGCCAAAAGGCACCUAAAGGACUCUCAGACCAUGAGAAACAAGAUUCUCUGGUCUGAUGAAACCAAGAUUGAACUCUUUAGCCUGAAUGCCAAGUGUCACAUCUGGAGGAAACCUGACACCAUCCCUACGGUGAAGCAUGGUAGUGGCAGCAUCAUGCUGUGGGGAUGUUUUUCAGCGGCUGGGACUGGGAGAAUAGUCAGGAUCAAGGGAAAGAUGAACGGAGCAAACUACAGAAAGCUCCUUGAAGAAAACCUGCUCCAGAGCGCUCAGGUUCACCUUCCAACAGGACGAUGACCCUAAGCACACAGCCAAGACAAUGCAGGAGUAGCUUCGGGACAAGUCUCUGAAUGUCCUUGAGUGGCCCAGCCAGAGCCCGGACUUGAACCCGAUCGAACAUCUCUGAAGAGACCUGAAAAUAGCUGUGCAUCGACGCUCCCCAUGCCAGAGUUUGAGAGGAUCUGCAGAGGAAAAUGGGAGAAACUCCCCAAAUACAGGUGUGCCAAGCUUGUAGCGUCAUACCCAAGAAGACAAGGCUGUAAUCGCUGCCAAUGGUGCUUCAAGAAAGUACUGAGUAAAGGGUCUGAAUACUUAUGUAAAUGCCCAAAAAAAAAAUGUUUUUGCUUUGUCAUUAUGGGGUAUUGUGUGUACAUUGAUGAGGGAGGGGAAAAAACAAUGUAAUCCAUUUUAGAAUAAGGAUGUAACAUAACAAAAUGUGGAAAGGUAUGGGGUCUGAAUACUUUCUGAAUGCACUGUAUGCCCUGUCAGUCAUCGUAUGCUUGCUGUUGGUUGUUCUGUGUAUUGACAUGUAAGGGUUCCUGUACAAAUAUAGUUAUUCUACUGUAUAUUAUUUUAUAGGGUUCAGUGUCAAUCACAGUGCAAGUUCCCAACAUGCAGGACAAGACUGAAUGGAAGCUAAGUGGACAAGCGCUCAAUUUCACUGUCCCACUCACAGAUCAGGUAUGUUAGUAGUUCACCCACCAUUCCACGCUCCCUUUUACCUGUUCUUUAUAUAUUCUCAGGAGUGCACCCCCAAGUCAAAUUUACUGGAAUAUUUAUAAUAUUUGAUCUUCCCAUUCUCUCACCACAGGUGUCUGUUAUUAAAGUAAAAAUCCAUGAAGCCACUGGCAUGCCAGCCGGAAAGCAAAAGCUACAGUAUGAGGUAAGCAUUGUCGUCCCUGUUUUGAAUAAUUGUACGCGUAAAUGUAAACUGACAUGAACGGGUAUCAUUGGAGUCAUUUACAUCUAUCACUUCUUCCAUUACAGGGAAUUUUCAUAAAAGAUUCCAACUCGCUGGCCUACUACAACAUAAACAAUGGUUCAGUCAUACACCUGGCACUGAAGGAGAGAGGUGGGAGAAAGAAGUGA